GCCAAGCGAAAAUUCAUCUGUGCUGUUAUGCCUGCUUUUUCUACUAUGCGUAGCUACAAUUAAAAUCACAGUACAGGCCAGGCCAUUUUCCACACAGAAGACUCAAACAGAGAGACAGAAAGACAGAAAGACAGAGAGAGAAAGCUGGAGAGAGAGAGAGAGGGAGAGAGAGGUGUACUGUAUUACUCGGGAAGAUGAGCCAUGAACUUGACCAGUGCCUGAAAACCAACUAAUCCUCCCACUCUUCACUUCACCGGAAAACCACUUGUUUCCUUAUUUACACUUUCCCCAAGUGGUUUUCCGACUAGCGAAAUCCCCCAACAUGGCAGAAACCGGUCAUGUCCGGUUUCCGGGAAGCCUGGACCCGGGAGCCCAAGAGUUCAUACCCAGAAACCCGAACCAACUAACCCUCUUCGGGCCUCCUCCACCGCAACCGCUACCACCGCCUCCGCACCAGGUUUUCUAUCCGUACCCGCCAAUCAGCGAAGUCGUACCGUACGCGCAGUACGCUGCGUCCCCGGCGUAUGCUAGUGCCGCGCCAACCGUUUGCACGCCGGUUCCACCUCCAUCUGUGGCCGCGACGCGGGCUGUGCUGUUGAGCUCGGUGCCGAGUGACGUGAGCGAGGGGACGGUGAGGAGGGAGGUGGAGGGGUUCGGGGAGGUGAGGUGGGUGCAGAUGGAGAGGGUGUGCGAAGGGAUCGUGACCGUCCAUUUCUACGAUCUGCGGCAUGCAGAGCGGGCCUUGAGGGAGUUUCGGGAGCAGAACAUGCAACAGCAGCAGGUCAGGCUUCGCAACAACUACGCCUCCUAUACUUUCAUCCCCAACACUCCGCCUCCGCUGCCGCCCAAUAAUUUGUCUAGCCAGCUUCUUCCGGUUACUCCGGGUCGUGGGCUCAUCGCUGGUCAACCCGUGUGGGCCCAGUUCGUGAUUCCGGCCUUGAAAGCCGUUCCGGACGGCCAUAACCAAGGCACCAUCGUGAUUUUCAAUUUGGACUCGGCGGUCACCACCUCCACUCUCAAAGACACCUUCCAAGCUUUUGGGCCUGUAAAGGAAUUGAGAGAGACGCCUUCGAAAAAGCACCAAAGGUUCAUCGAGUUCUUCGACGUGAGAGAUGCUGCGAAAGCUCUCAAGGAAAUGAACGGAAAAGAAAUCAACGGCAAACCAGUUGUCAUCGAAUUCAGUCGACCCGGAGGCCACAGCAGGAAGUACUUGAAUGCGGUGGGAAACACCACCCGAACGCUGGUCUCGCCUACCAAUAUAAUUGCACCCCUUCAUUCUAACAACGCUCUAGUUAGUUAUCCGCCUUCUCCGUCGCGGGAACUGGUCGGAAAAUUCUCAAGACGGCCCAACAGUUUGAACAUGGCACCGCCGCCGCCCCAUUUGUACGCUAGCCUCUCGCCACAAAUCCAAUUUCCAUCGAGUAGGAACAAAUCAACGAAUAUUUGUAGCAGCAAGGGAAAUGUGGGGGCUAAUGGGAGCUUGAGGAGGUCGAAUUCAUCGAGCGUUGAAGCUCAAAUGGGAGGUUUGAAUUUGGGUGGUGCAGUUGAAGAGAGCCAUUUGGUACCGGGGCAGCCGAUAAGGUCUUGCUCGUCUUCAAAGAAGAGCUGCCAAAACAGCCAGAACCAGGUUGUUAUGAGUCCACCGCGGCCGCAGCAAGCGAAGAGCAGUAGGGGAAGGAAAGGAAGGCAAGGGAAGAAGAUGGACUCUAAAUUUCUAAUAAAAGAAGAAGCGAUGGCGGAAUCCAGCAGCGCAGAUACGAGGACCACCGUCAUGAUCAAGAACAUUCCCAAUAAGUACAGUCAGAAGCUACUAUUGAACAUGCUGGACAACCACUGUAUUCACUGCAACGAGCAGAUUGUUGCCAAUGGCGGCGUUGAUGAUGGUGAUGAUGAUGAGCAGCAGCAGCAGAAGCAGCCUUUCUCCUCCUACGAUUUCGUUUAUCUUCCCAUUGAUUUCAAUAACAAGUGCAAUGUGGGAUACGGGUUUGUGAACAUGACGUCGCCGGAGGCAACGUGGAGGCUGUACAAGGCCUUCCAUCUUCAGCAUUGGGAGGUCUUCAAUUCCAGAAAAAUCUGCGAAGUCACCUACGCAAGAGUUCAGGGUUUGGAAGCGUUGAAAGAGCAUUUCAAGAACUCGAAGUUCCCGUGCGAGAUGGAGCAUUACCUGCCAGUGGUGUUUUCACCGCCUCGGGACGGGCGGCAACUCACCCACCCACUUCCCAUUGUUGGCGCCCAAACCCUUAAUAACAAUAUUAAUAACUCCUCUUCGUCCUCCCCCGUUUCUCUCUUGGUCCCGCCAGUGCCACCUCAUCUUCACGAUCAACACGACCAUGAUAUGGACGCGCCCGUGUCUACCUGCGACUCUGACGACGACGACGAAGGCAGCAGUCGAAGCGGCGGCGUUUUCAUGCCUGACGACGACGACGACGACGACGACGAUGAUGAUGAUGAUGAUGAUGACGACGAACGAGACAGACAGACAGCUAGCGCCUCCCUAGAAAUAAAAGGCUAUACCUAUAAUACCCUCUAAUAAUAUUAAUAUAAAAACCUCCACCCUGGCCUCCAUGUAUAUCUCUGUCUGUCUCAUCAGUUUCAGUCUGCAAAUCUCACAUUGAUCUGUUCUGAUCUUAUAGCUACCUGCCUCCCUCCCUCUAGAUUAGCUUCCGCUUAAGUUCUGCACCAGAACCAGCCUCCAUCAUUUCCAUUUAUUACUGCUCUCUCUCGCUCUCUCUCUCUCUUGUUCUUGUUUUUUCUUUUUCAAAUUUGACUAGUUGUGUCAACUUUGUGCUGUGUUUGUAUUUUAGGAAAAAUGUAAUCCUAGUGUUUAAUUAGAGUUUCUUGUUAAUUUUGCUAAUUACAGAUUGUAGUUUUCUAGUA